GGGCUCCUCCCCGGGCAGCCGCGGUUGCCAGGCGGAACCCCGCGGGCCAGCAGCCGCUGCUGUGCGGGUCCGGAGCCUCCCGCUCCCCUCCGCCGCUGAGAUUCCAGAUAGCCAUUGUGCCUACAUACUCCAUGAUGGGACCUUUCAGAGGACACAUGAGUCUCAAAAGUAGCCCUUUUUCUCCAGGGCUUUCCUGCAAGCUCUCCAACCAGUACAUCAUUCAAGAUCACAUGGCUGCUCAUUACAAGAAGCUGAUGUCAGCCAAAGCUGCUGUUGAUUCAUCUGCACCAAAGAGUCUGCAUACCAGUGUUAAAUACAAGGAUCAGCAGAAAAGAGACAGACUAAUUCAAGCCCUUGAGAAAUACAAGAAGCACCUUGCACAUGGUGUUCCCGCCUCACCACUGAACUCCAGAAGUGCUUCUUCAAGACAGCAGAAGGAGAGCUGCUCACUGUUAGAAAAUGGUCAUCUGUAUCUGAUGCCUGGUCAAAACAACUGUUCCAGGACAAAGAAAGAGCAACCCCACUCUGUAUCUAUUCAGAAGCUCACUUCAAGGACUCUGAUGCCAGCUCCUACUGCAGGAAAGAACAUCCAAAAUACUGCUCAGCAUGCUUUGUCUCAAACUCCUGCUCCCAACUCUAGGACAGAGAGAUCACCUGUUUCACCACUUCUGCAGUCACGCAUGCAUUUAGGCAGUCACAACAGGAAGAAGGCAAUUCAAACCUCUGUUAAUAAAACAUACUCUGGGGACCUCCUUGACAAACAUUUAAAUUACUUCACAGCAAAGGGGCAGCGUUUUACAACUCAAAUCUUAAAGACAUCAAACCAAUCUUUUCUUGUAAACUAUAGGUAUUAUAAUCCUCCUCCUCCAAAAAAGGGCUCCUCCCCUGGCAGACCAUCACUUAAAUCAGCAGACAUCAAUGAUGGAAAGAAAAGAGACUUGCACAGGUACUUUGCUUAUACCUAA